AUCAGUUGCACCCUUGGGAUCGAAUUUUCUCUACGCAAUUCUCUAGUCAUUAUCUCUACACUACAACAAAGUAGUACUGUACUGUAGCCUACAACAUUUCAUUCCAUACAAAGAAACAAUAGCUUCCACAAUGGAUCGAGACAAAUCUAGCCCGUUCCCCUCCACCCUCCCAGAGUCCCCAGGUCGAUCGCCUCCCUGUACUUUACUGUUGGGUCUGGUCGUCUGCAGGAAAACACCAGGGCAGAGUGGAACUGAGAGAGGAGAAGGAGAAGAGGAACAUGGAGAUUUGAUUUCAUUAAGGAACAUCCCUAAUCGUUGCUCUCUUAGUGGGAGGGGCUUAUCAUCUGGGGAGCCUCAACAACAUCAUGAUGCUGACAAGAAAGAGAAGAGUCUCUCCAGACCAGAACACCUCAAGAAACACCAGCAUAGAGGUAUAGGGAAGAACCCUCACCACUGCUGCUCUGACUGUGGGAAGAGUUUUGCUAAACAAGACUUGACAAUUCAUGAGCAAAUUCACACUCUAGAGCAUGCAUCUAAAACCUUAAAAUAUAAUCUGAGAAUUCAUUCAGGGGAGGGACCUUAUAACUGCUUUGAUUGUGGGAAAUACUUAAAUCAGUCAGGAGCCCAGACUAGACACCAACACAAACACACAGGAGAGAAGCCUUAUAGCUGUGAUCAGUGUGGGAAGAGUUUUACUCAAGAUUCCACCCUGACUACACACCAACUCAUACACACAGGAGAGAAGCCUUAUAGCUGUGUUCAGUGUGGGAAGAGCUUCAAUCGUUCAGGAUCCCUGACUGUACACCAACGAAUACACACAGGAGAGAAGCCUUAUAGCUGUGUUCAGUGUGGGUUGAGCUUCAAUAAAUCAGGAGCCCUGACUAGACACCAACGCAUACACACAGGAGAGAAGCCUUAUAGAUGUGAUCAUUGUGGGAAGAGCUUCAAUCAUUCAGGAUACCUGACUAUACACCAACGCAUACACACAGGAGAGAAGCCUUAUAGCUGUGAUCAGUGUGGGAAGAGCUUCAAUAAUUCAGGAAACCUGACUAAACACCAACGCAUACACACAGGAGAGAAGCCUUAUAGAUGUGAUCAGUGUGGAAAGAGCUUCAAUCAAUCAGGACACCUGACUAUGCACCAACGCAUACACACAGGAGAGAAGCCUUAUAACUGUGAUCAGUGUGGGAAGCGCUUCAAUUAUUCAGGAUCCCUGACUAGACACCAACGCAUACACACAGGAGAGAAGCCUUAUAGCUGUGAUCAGUGUAGGAAGAGCUUCAAUCAUUCAGGAUCCCUGAUUAUACACCAACGCAUACACACAGGAGAGAAGCCUUAUAACUGUGAUCAGUGUGGGAAGAGCUUCAAUGAUUCAGGAUACCUGACUAUACACCAACGCAUACACACAGGAGAGAAGCCUUAUAGCUGUGAUCAGUGUGGAAAGAGUUUCAAUCAUUCAAGAUCCCUGACUCUACACCAACGCAUACACACAGGAGAGAAGCCUUAUAGCUGUGAUCAGUGUGGGAAGAGUUUUACUCAAGAUUCCACCCUGACUACACACCAACUCAUACACACAGGAGAGAAGCCUUAUAGCUGUGUUCAGUGUGGGAAGAGCUUCAAUCGUUCAGGAUCCCUGACUGUACACCAACGAAUACACACAGGAGAGAAGCCUUAUAACUGUGAUCAGUGUGGGAAGAGUUUCAGUGACUCAGGAUCCCUGACUGUACACCAACGCAUACACACAGGAGAGAAGCCUUAUAGCUGUGUUCAGUGUGGGUUGAGCUUCAAUAAAUCAGGAGCCCUGACUAGACACCAACGCAUACACACAGGAGAGAAGCCUUAUAGAUGUGAUCAUUGUGGGAAGCGCUUCAGUCGAUCAGGAACCCUGACUACACACCAACGCAUACACACAGAAGAGAAACCUUACUCCUGUCUAUGUGGAAAGAGCUUUGCUCAUUCAGGGUCACUGAAACAACACCAGAAAAGAAUUCAUACAGGGGAGAGGCCUUACCCCUGCUUUGAUUGUGGGAAAUACUUCAAUCAAUCAGGAGACCUGACUACACACCAGCUCGUACACAAAGGAGAGAAAUCUUAUAGCUGUGAUCAGUGUGGGAAGAGCUUCAAUAAAUCAGGAGCCCUGACUAGACACCAACGCAUACACACAGGAGAGAAGCCUUAUAGCUGUGAUCAGUGUGGGAAGAGCUUCAAUCAAUUAGUACAUCUGACCACACACCAACACAUACACACAGGAGAGAAGCCUUAUAGCUGUGAUCAAUGUGGGAAAAGCUUCAGUAAUUCAGGAGCCAUGACUAGACACCAACGCAUACACACAGGAGAGAAGCCUUAUAGCUGUGAUCAGUGUGGGAAGAGUUUUGCUCAAAAUUUCUCCCUGACUACACACCAGCGAGUACACAGAGGAGUGAAGCCUUAUAGCUGUGAUCAGUGUGGGAAGAAUUUCUGGACGUCAGGACACCUGACUACACACCAGCGAAUACACACAGGAGAUAAGCCUUAUAGCUGUGAUCAGUGUGGGAGGAAAUUCUAUACGGCAGGACACCUAACUACACACCAACGCAUACACACAGGAGAGAAGCCUUAUAGCUGUGAUCAGUGUGGGAAGAGCUUCAAUCAUUCAGGAUCCCUGAUUAUACACCAACGCAUACACACAGGAGAGAAGCCUUAUAGCUGUGAUCAGUGUGGGAAGAGCUUCAAUCAUUCAGGAGCCCUGACCACACACCAACGCCUACACACAGGAGAGAAGCCUUAUACCUGUGAUCAGUGUGGGAAGAGCUUCAAUUAUUCAGGAAACUUGACUGCACACCAACGCAUACACACAGGAGAGAAACCUUAUAGCUGUGAUCAGUGUGGGAAGAGCUUCAGUCGAUCAGGAGACCUGAUUACACACCAACGCAUACACACAGGAGAGAAGCCUUAUAGUUGUGAUCAGUGUGGGAAGAGCUUCAAUCGAUCAGGACCCCUGACUAUACACCAACGCAUACACACAGGAGAGAAGCCUUAUAGCUGUUAUCAGUGUGGAAAGAGUUUUGUUCGAGAUUCCAAUCUGAUUGCACACCAACGCAUACACACAGGAGAGAAGCCUUAUAGCUGUGAUCAGUGUGGGAAGAGCUUCAAUCAAUCAUUAGAAUUGACUAGACACCAACGCAUACACACAGGAGAGAAACCUUAUAGCUGUGAGCAUUGUGGGAAGAGCUUCAAUCAAUCAGGAAACCUGACUAAACACCAACGCAUACACACAGGAGAGAGACCUUAUAGCUGUGAUCAGUGUGGGAAGAGUUUUGCUCUAGAUUUCACCUUGACUACACACCAGCGAAUCCACACUGGAGAGAAACCUUACUCCUGUCUAUGUGGAAAGAGCUUUGCUCAUUCAGGGUCACUAAAAAAACACAAGGAAGCACAAACAUGUUUUCUUUCAUCUACCUCCUCUCCGGCACCUGUUCCAGAUCCCUCAAUACAGUUUCAAUAGAAAACAUAUUGUAAAGAGUCAUCCAUCUCCCAUUCUCUAACAGUUUACUAAGUCUGAUUCCCAUGGUAACCUGUGUAGAUAAUAUGCAGCUCUGGAUCCAUAUGUAUCAAGUGUCUUGGAGUGGUGUGUGUGUGGAGUGGGGUGUUCAGAGCUGUAUCUUAUUUCAGUAACUCCUGUUAUCCAUUAAAUAAUGUAGAAUGAUGUUUCAAAAAUAGGUUCAUAUUCAUGUGUGAGAGAAAUGUUGUCUGAAGAGAGAGCCUUGAAUUGUACAUCUUUCCUCAUACAGUCAUUGGUUCCUGUUGGUGCUGGGUAGAGAUGUGAGGGGGGUCAUUACCCCCUCAGACCUUUUGUCAGAAGGCCCAGAACAUGUUCUAUAAUUUAAGAUAGGAGACGGUGCCAGUCACAUGCAUUAACCAAUCGUUAAUGAUGAAUUAAUUAUGAAAAAUGUAAAUCAUGCAAAUAUAACUUGUCUGUGUAAGCAGUAUAUAAGAGAACUAACGGGACUGCCCCGAAAGAGCUCCUGACCGACGUGUACUGUGGUGCAUUAAGUUUGUUGGAUACUCUCCAGCUUGCUGAUAAUAAAGAAUGAUUAAUUUAAGUUUGA